UCUAAGAAGAGGUUUAGGGAAGCCAAAUGUUCCAAAGACUUGGCAAGCAACUUGAAUUAUCUAGAGGGCAUGAAGAAGUAGAGAAGGAUUCUUGUGGUGUUGGCUCAGAUUUUGAAGCUGUCGAGUCUGUGGCGGUCAAAAAUGAUGAUCAGUCUUCUUGUGUCAAUUGGAGGGAGGGAAGAGCAGCGGUUCUGAUAUGCAUCUUUGAAGGCCAAGAAGGUGAAUUGCGAGUUAUUCUCACAAAGAGAUCCAUGAAAAUGUCAUCUCACCCAGGGGAUGUAGCAUUGCCUGGUGGGAAAGUGGAGGAAGGAGAUGCAGAUGACUCUGCUGCUGCUUUGAGAGAAGCCAUGGAAGAGAUUGGGUUGGAGCCCAAUCUGGUUCAAGUUGUUGCCACUUUAGAGCCUUUUAUUUCCCAGCACUUACUCAAGGUUGUCCCUGUAGUAGGCCUACUUGCUCGGAAAGGAGAUUUCAGGCCUUCACUUAAUACUGACGAAGUUGAUGCUAUUUUUGAUGUUCCUUUGGAGAUGUUUCUCAAGGAAGAUAAUUAUAGAUGUGAAGAGAGGGAGUGGAUGGGUCAGAAGUACAUUAUUCAUCUUUUUGAUUUCGAAUGUGAGAAAGGUGUCUUCGUCAUAUGGGGUUUAACGGCAGGCAUUCUGAUUCGUGCAGCAUCUGUUAUCUACCGGUGUUCUCCAUGCUUCAAGGGGGAUCUUCCUGACUUUCAACAGCUACAAAGAUCCUUGCUUAAUAUUCUAGCAUAA